CAUCUUGCUAAUAUGCUCAUUCGUAUGUGUCAUGAGGUUGCUGUAGAUGAUCCAUCAUCUUCAUUAUUGAUCUCUCAAAGUGUAGAUUCACUUAUCAUCAUCGAUAGAUCGAUUGACCUCAUAACAACUUUAUGUACUCAAUUGACCUAUGAAGGAUUGAUAGACGAAUUAUUUGGUAUCAAAGCUUUACAUGUAGAAGUGGAUUCUUCGAUUGUGGGACCUGUGCAAGCAACUACAGUAAUGUCUACAACUACUUGCACUCCUUAUCAGUUACAACCUCCUAUUCAACCUCAGUCAAAAAAAAAAAAUGCUUUCAAUUCUGGCGAUAAAUUAUUUGCCCAAUUAAGAGAUAUAAAUUUUGCAAUAGUAAAAGGUGUUCUUAACAGA